GAGUCGGAGGGCGGUGGAGGCGGAUUUCCUGGGAGGGCUCUCUGGAGCUACCAUGGCGUUUGGGAAGAGUCACCGCGAUCCCUACGCUACCUCUCUGGGUCACCUCAUAGAAAAGGCCACCUUUGCUGGAGUUCAGACGGAAGACUGGGGCCAGUUCAUGCAUAUCUGUGACAUAAUUAACACCACACAAGACGGGCCAAAAGAUGCGGUAAAAGCUUUGAAGAAAAGGAUCUCCAAAAACUACAACCACAAAGAAAUCCAACUUUCCUUAUCACUCAUUGACAUGUGCAUGCAGAACUGUGGGCCGAGUUUCCAAUCUCUGAUUGUGAAGAAGGAGUUCAUUAAAGAUACUCUAGUUAAGCUGCUGAACCCCAGAUACACCUUACCGUUGGAGACUCAGAACAGAAUCUUGAGUUUCAUUAAGAUGUGGUCCCAGGGCUUCCCGGGAGGUGUAGAUGUAAGUGAAGUGAAGGAAGUGUACCUCGACCUGCUGAAGAAAGGGGUUCAAUUCCCACCCUUGGAUGGAGAGCCUGAGACAAAGCAGGAGGCUGGUCAGAUCUCACCAAGUCGACCGACAUCUGUCCCCACUGCGCCUGCUCUUUCUUCUAUAAUUGCUCCCAAGAACCCGACUAUUUCCUUAGUCCCUGAACAGAUCGGGAAACUGCACAGUGAACUGGACAUGGUGAAAAUGAACGUGAAAGUGAUGACAGCCAUAUUGAUGGAGAACACUCCUGGCUCCGAAAACCACGAAGACAUAGAGCUCCUGAGGAAACUUUACAAGACGGGUCGGGAGAUGCAGGAGAGGAUCAUGGACCUGCUGGUGGUAGUUGAGAAUGAAGACGUGACGGUGGAACUGAUUCAAGUGAACGAGGAUCUGAAUAAUGCCAUCCUCGGAUACGAGCGGUUUACUCGAAACCAGCAAAGGCUUUUGGAACAGAAGAGGAACCCGACGGAAGCCAAUACUUCCAGCGAGCCCUCUGCACCUUCCUGCGAUCUCCUCAACCUAAGUCCCGUGGCGCCAGUGCCUGUGUCCAGUGAGGGACCACUCAACUCCGUGAACGCUCAGCUUUCCGGCCUAAAUGUCAGCUCUCAGAGUCCUGUUAUAACAAACAACUUGUAUCCCAGUCUUCAGCCACAGAUGGAUUUACUAGCAUCAGAAGAUACAGAAGUACCCAUCUUGUUUCCCCAGAGGACCAGCCAAAACCUCGCCUCAAGCCACACAUAUGAUAACUUUCUGGAUCACUCCAGUUCAGUAUUGCUACAGCCAGUUAGCCUGCACACUGCCCCAGCAGCGCCGUUGAGCCAGAGGCUGCCACCCUUGCCGAGCAAUCAUCCAGUGUUAAAAAACAGUGAUCUCCAACCACCCAGUUACUACGAGGUAAUGGAGUUUGAUCCCUUAGCUCCCACUACAGAAGCUGUUUAUGAAGAAAUUGAUGCUUCCCACAAGAAAGGAGCUCAAAGCCAUAGUGAAUGCUGAGGUAAAAGACAGCUAAUUUCAGUGGCAUUAUCACAUUCUGUAUGAAAUUCUUUAAGGACCACAUCAGUCUGACACAUGUUUUAGUACAAUACCAAGUUCCUCUAAAUUACUUAGUGAUGACCAGUGCUCACUAAUGAAAUACAAUCUCUGUGCUCUUAUCUAGGUGUGGAAAUUCAAAAGUUGGUUUUGGGUAUAGUAUUAAUGCUAAUAAAGCCAGAUGAUCAGUAGGAAUCCCUUGUCACUUUAAUGCAGCUCUUAUGGCUCUGGUGUGCAGUUCGUAUCUGCACCAACAGAAGCCGUCCUUAGUGCUCCUGCACCACUUACCCUAUUUACACACUACUGGAAACCUGAUCCUGAGCCACUGACCUCUUCCCUUUUUAUUUCCUUCUCAUCACCAACCGUGGGGGAAGUACAUUCUGGCCUUUGUACUGCUUAACUGUGGUCUUCCAGUCCUUCAGGAAGGGCAGAUAGGCCAAUGUCUUCCUUUUAUUUCAGACAGAUGAACUAAGCAUCAUAAAGGGUCAGCUCUCUAAAGUAGUCCCUGAUCAACUGAGGCCUGGAAGACAAGACCUGCCAACAGGGAAAGCCACAGUGGAUCAUUUCUCUGCUGGAAGCUUCAACAUAAAAGCUAACUCUUUUUGGGCAACACUGCUGUUCCUGACAAUGGCUCAAGAUUUCAGGAAAAUCUGGUUGUAACAACUUCAGCAGAAGGAAAACUGCCUAGUACUAGAGCACCUGGUUAAACUGUAGACUCUUAUGUUGUGCAGGCAUUGCGCCCAGUGCAAAUCAUGACAGACCUAUGACAGGGUUACUUUAAGAUCCUAUUAGAAAACAUUGUAAACAGAUGGGGGAAGGAAGAAAAUGAGUGCCUUUAUUGAACUGAAUCUGAAUGUAGAGUUCAGUUUGUAUUUGUUUAUAAAUAACAUUUUGGUUUAGAAUGGCUUGAAAGACUUGAUGACUUUAAUUGUAUUUCAAGUGCCUGAGGAGGCCACUGCAUCAGGCGGCCUUUAGGUGUAGUUAGUUCUUUAUAAUGUUAAACAUUCUUGCCUUUUAUUAUAAUUCACAUUCUGAUUUGAAACAAAGAUUACUGGAAAACAGGGCAAUGCAUCAUUCACGUAAAAUUAAAUUACUAUUAAUUUGUCA